AGAUGGUUAAGCACACCAAGAAAGUUGGGAUUGUGGGAAAAUAUGGUACCCGUUAUGGUGCUUCCCUCAGGAAAAUGGUAAAGAAAAUUGAAAUUAGCCAGCAUGCCAAGUAUACCUGCUCCUUCUGUGGCAAGACCAAAAUGAAGAGGAAAGCUGUAGGUAUCUGGCAUUGUGGAUCCUGUAUGAAGACAGUAGCUGGUGGCGCCUGGACCUAUAACACCACCUCUGCAGUGACAGUCAAAUCUGCCAUCAGAAGACUGAAGGAAUUGAAAGACCAGUAGAAGCUUCUACCUGUUACCAUGAUUCAUACCUUCCUUCUCCAGAGUCUGAAAAUCUCUACCAUUCUUUUGUCAAUAAAAAGGGUGUAGUGGAACAGAA